AUGCCAGCAAUCAAACCGCCCGUCGAAGUCUCAUCUAUGGCCCGAAUCCCAACGAAACUCUUGCUACGGUCUUUGAUUUUGACUUCCUUGAUGACAUCCAAGUUAUUCUUACAACCUGCCCUAGCCGUGAUGGGCGUCCUUGCGACAUCGAAAUCACCACUAUUGAACCCAGAUCGGAACCUCCUUCUGAACAAGUUUCUUCGCUGGACGGUCUAUAACCACUUUUGUGCUGGAGUGAACAGAAAGGAAGUCUCGAAGACUGUGGCAGAUAUCAAGAAGAUGGGAUAUCAAGGUGUCAUAUUGGGAUAUUCGAAAGAGAUAGUGCUGGAUCAUGAUGAAAAGCUCUCGACCGAUGAAUAUCGGAAAUCACAAUACAGCGACAAGUGCUAUCAGAUGAUUGACGAGUGGAAGGAGGGAACAUUGGAGACACUGCGUAUGGUUGGUCCAGGUGACUUCCUUGCCGUGAAGUUGACAGGUGCCGGCCCUAUUUCAGUGAACGCAAUGGCAGCGCGAAAGCCUAUGCCAGAGGCUAUGGUCAAAGCCGUGGAUGAGAUUUGCAUUGCGACAGAAAAGCAGGGCUCACGUCUCUGGUUGGAUGCAGAGCAACAAGUCUUGCAAAAGGGUCUUGACGACUGGGCGAUUGAAGUGAUGCGGAAACAUAACAAAUCGCAAACACCAAUUAUUUACAAUACUAUUCAGGGCUACCUCAAGGGAUCAAAGGUGAACCUUGACCACCAUCUUACCUUGGCUGCACAAGAGGGCUGGACUCUGGGUAUCAAGUUAGUUCGAGGGGCAUAUAUUGAGCAUGAAACACGCUCUCUCAUCCAUGAUACCCAGGCUGAUACAGACCGGUCCUACGAUCUCAUCGCAGACACCAUGCUUUGCCAGAAUAUGCCUGCUGGCAAGGAGAACCUCCCAUUCCCUAAGGCUGCUCUUUUCCUUGCCACACACAACGCCGCGAGUGCAACCAAAGCGAUUGCCACGCACCAAAAUAGGCUUCUAGCAAAUAAACCUACAGUUAUGCUGGAAUGUGGACAAAUCCAAGGCAUGGCCGACGAGCUCAGUUGUGAACUAGUGCAGAACUACGAACGUGCUCUCGAACAAUCAUCUGCUGCCAACUUGACUGUGCCAAAGGCUUUUAAGUGCAUGACUUGGGGCUCAGUUUCUGAGUGUAUGGGAUAUCUCCAUCGGCGAGCAAUCGAGAAUCGCGGGGCAGUGGAACGAACGCAGCACAUGGUGACCGCAUUGCGUCGUGAAGUGUGGCGAAGGAUCGUCGGAUGA